ACUUUGUCUUCCAAAAGACUCUAUCCAAAGAGUAGGAUUAAUCCUUAGUAAGUGUGUCCAAAUAUCCAAAUAAGCCCUUUGAAUUUUGGUUUCAUCUGACUUAUGUCCCACGCACAACACUAAGGGCAAAGGAUCAUUCAGUUUAACAUUACGGUAGCACUAUGGACCCUGACGUCAUCGAGAUUCCUCCCCCAAUUCAUCACCCUUCGAAUUUUUAUCUCAACAACAAGGUUAUUUUGCAUGAUGUGAUUGACAUUGACAAUGAUGAUGAUUCUGAGGAUGUAAUGAUAAUUGGUGAAAAAGUUAGUAGUAACAAAGGGAAGACAAUUGAUGCUGUUCAUGGUGAUCUCCAAGUUGUGAGUAUGUCUGAUUAUCCUUUUUCGGUCCCUGAUGUGGCAAAAUUUGGAUCAGUUGGCGGGAUUGCGUCUUCUAAUAAUCUCCCUUCAGUGUCAAAUAAUGUAAUCAAUGUUGAUGGUCAUGGCUCUGAUCUAUCAUAUGAUGAUGAUGACUAUGUUGAUAUUUUGUCGGCGGAAGACUAUAUGGAUGCAGAUGAGUAUACCUUAUUACAGAAACAUUUUGAUCAUGUGGAUAUACCUCCUGGAAUUGAAGCACCUUUUACUUGGUUGCCACCAGGAUAUGAUGUAGGUUUUAAGACUGGAAAUAGUAUGUUUUAUCCUUGGGAUCAUGUGCAAUCAAAUGCUGCAUUAAGUUCCAUGACACCUUCUUCCCAGCCUUCUAUGUCAUUAGAUCCAACUAACUCUAAAAUUCAAGCAGCUUCAAUUGGUGGUACUAACAUUCAAAUCAAAAUGGAUGAUGUUGAUUACUCCUCUGGAAUAGAAUUGUCUUCUAAAAUUUUUUCUCAAUCUGCCCCUUCUAAGAAGAAAUCAGCUACUUCAAAACCCAGAGGACGUACUUCAAAUGCUUCAGUAGGAUUAGAAUCAUCUAAGUCUCACUGGUUUUCAGGGUCUUUCCAUAGCAAAAAGAAGUCUGCUUCGGCAUACCUUAGUUUAUUUGACUCUAUGGUGGCUGAUAAGCUGCCACAUGCAGGUCAGUCAUCAAAUGGGGGGAAAUUUAAAACUCCAAUGAUGGCCGAUGGCAGUAGUGUUUCCUCCCAUUCAAAUUUCAUUGGACACCAUGGAUCAUCGCAUACUUGGGGAACAAAUGCAGGAAAAUCUUGGUGGAAAAAUUCUCAAAAUGAUAAAUCAUUUUCUACUCAUAAUAAAAAAAUUUCUAAUAAUAUUUACUAUCCAUCUGAUCCUCUUGUUACCCAAACUGAGUAUGGUUUUGUUAACUCGGUUCUCAAUUCUGCUGGAGAUGGAUUUAAUGGAAAAGCAGUGGAUAGCCCUAUUGUUACAAUUUCGGAUGAUGCCAGAGAUGAAACUAUGAGGAAAUUUCGAAGUUUUAAACAAUUUGACACUGCUGAGGACACUUCAGAUCAUUACUUCAUCCGUAGCAGUUCUUCAACGAAACGGCCUCCUCACAAGAAUUGGGCUAAAAAAAUCCAGGAAGAGUGGAAGAUUUUACAGAAGGAUUUGCCAGGUUCAAUAUUUGUGAGAGUGUAUGAGUCAAACAUGGAUCUUCUGAGGGCUGUGAUUAUUGGAGCUGAAGGGACUCCAUAUCAUGAUGGCCUAUUCUUUUUUGAUGUUUUCUUUCCCAGUGGCUAUCCCAAUGUACCACCGAAAGUGCAUUACCACUCUGGAGGUCUGCGGCUCAACCCAAAUUUGUAUCAUUGUGGCAAAGUAUGCCUUAGUCUGCUGAACACCUGGAGCGGCAGCAAAAAUGAGAAGUGGCUUCCCGGCACGUCAACUAUUCUACAGGUUCUGGUCUCCAUACAGGGUCUAAUUCUGAAUACAAAGCCUUACUUUAAUGAACCUGGAUAUGCACACAUGAGUGGUUCAGCAAGUGGUGAAAAGCUGUCCUUUCAGUAUAACGAGGACACAUUCAUUCUAUCAUUGAGGACAAUGAUGUAUAUGAUACGAAGGCCUCCAAAGAAUUUUGAGGAUUUUGUUAAGGGGCAUUUCUGCAGCAGAGCCAGUGAUAUUCUGAUGGCAUGUAAGGCAUACAUGGAAGGUGCUCAAGUUGGGUGUUUGGCCAAAGGAGGUGUUCAGGACGUUGAUGCGGGAGACAGAAGCUGCUCACAGAAGUUCAAGCAUUCUUUAGCUGGAUAUAUGAAAAUGCUUGUCAAAGAGUUUGCUCAAACUGGAGCAAAGGACAUUGAGAAAUUCCUACCUCCACCACCACCAACAGUAGCAGUGAAGAAAAAAACCAUCAGGAGUGGUGCUGCUCGAGGCUGCAAGCUGAACUGAAUAUUCUCUUAGAUAAUCCAAAUUUUGAGGCUUCAUUGAUACACACACCGAAACUUCUUAGUACUUAUAUUUCACCUAAUGACACUUUUCUGGUUAAUGUUAAAUACUUUUACUAUUAUUA